UCCAAGCUCCCUCUACAGCCCUGCUAAGCGUCGUAUCCUGAGCGAAGAGGGUUUGGUUCGUUUUGGCAAGAGCGCCACCCAUGCUUUGCACAACCAUGCCUGGCCUGUUUCCUCUCCAAGUCCUGCAAAGAAGCUCGACUUUGGCGUUCCCAAGUCCUCUCCUUCAACCAGAAACACUCCCCUACGCGCUGACGUGGCAAUGCGCUCUCCAAGUCUUUCACCGUCUCCCGAGCUCAAGCCUCGCACCCGAUCCACUCGCUUGACUUCCUCUCCCAGCCACGACAUCUCCAUCCCUUCACCAACACUUUCAGCUCGUGUUCCCACACUGAUACCCCGCGAGAUGCCCCCUCCGCCCGAUUCCCAAUCAAUACAUUUCCCUGGUUUCUUCGUGUUCCAGGACACACAUUUCGCCGUCCUGCCUCCCCUUGAUAACGAGUCUACAACAGGUCCAAAUCUGGAUGUGCCCAAGGAAAAUGUGCCACCUCGACGGAAGACCCGCAAGGCCGCCACCGCCUCGCCGAGCUCCAAGUCAAAGGGACACCUUUUCUCGCCAGAGUCAAGCACACGGGAACUUUGGGGUAUGGGGAAGGUCAAGACAAUCCCAGGUACUCCAGGUACCCCCAAGCGUGCCUUUGGCGUUGUCGCAGAUAUGGAUAUUACACCUACGCGGCGCGUAGAUGUGGGGGAUUCACCUCGCAUGACGAGAGCUGCUGCUAGAAAGCAAAGGGAUGACCACGGGAAGGAAUUGCGUUGAUUGCUCCAACGCGAAGUGGAAGGGGAGAAGGUCACCUGCACCCUAUCGUCAAAAAUCGUUAUUCUGGCGCACACAACGACAUCUAUCCCGACAUCUAUUUUAUUUUGACAUCUCAUCUGUUCUACCUGUUCAUAUUCGUAUCCCCCCUUCGGCCACCCUCUUGAUUUGUGGGCAGUGCUUGUACAUUUCUUGAAUUGUGCCAAUGUAUCAAUUUACUAUCU